AUGCCAGGACGAAAAGAAAGCGAGACAUCGUCGGCGGGAAGUGAAACGGAAGAGCAGGCGGAAACUAUUGCCAGCGAUCUCGUGGUGACCAAGUAUUCUGCUGCUGCGGAAAUAGUCAAUUCUGUUUUGAAGGAAGUACUUGCCAAUGUGAAAGAAGGAACGGAAGUUGCGGCUUUGUGCGAUCUUGGAGACAAGCUUCUGAAAGAGAAAACCGAUAAGGUUUACAAGAAGGAAAAGAAUAUACAGAAAGGUGUUGCUAUGCCUACUUGUGUCUCAGUUGACAACUGCAUCUGUCAUUUUUCGCCACUUCGCUCCGAUCCACCUGUCCUAUUGAAGACUGGAAACGUAGUGAAGGUUGAUCUUGGAGCUCACAUUGAUGGCUAUGUGGCAACGGCUGCUCAUACGGUUGUUGUUGGAGCUUCAAAGGAUAACAAAGUUGAUGGAAAGAAAGCGGAUGUAAUCCGGGCCGCUUAUGAUGCUAUGGAAAUCGGAAUCCGCAUGCUUCGCCAAGGAACGAAGAAUAUGGACAUCACUGAAGCUAUUGAUAAGACAGCUUCCGCAUAUGGAGUGAAGCCGAUCGAAAAUAUGAUCUCUCACUCACUUGAACGAAACAAGAUUGAUGGCGAGAAGAUGAUCAUCCAAAAUCCCGAUGAAAAGCAACGUUCAGCCAUGGAAAAGUGUACAAUUGAUAAACAUGAAGUCUAUGCCAUUGAUGUUUUGUUUUCAACUGGACCAGGAAAAACCAAAGAUAUGGAUGCUCGGACUACAGUUUUCAAACGAGAAGAUACCCAAUACAGUCUCAAGAUGAAGGCGUCGAGGGUUUUCUUCCACGAUGUGGUUUCAAAGUUCGGCUUCAUGCCAUUCACUCUUCGCGCAUUUGAGGACGAAGUUAAAGCCAAAAUGGGAGUUGUAGAAUGUGAACGUCAUGGACUUUUGCGACCUUAUCAGGUUCUCUAUGAGAAAGAAGAGGAGGUUGUCGCACAAUUCAAAGCAACGGUAUUGGUUAUGCCUUCGGGUCUACUGAAGAUUGCUGGUCUUCCUUUGGAUGUCGAGUCAUUGAAUCCAACCAAGAAGCUUGAAGAUGAAGCACUGCUUAAGACACUCAACUCUUCGCUCAAGCCAAAGAAGAAGAAGCCCGCUACUUCUGGCACUGCUAAAAAGGAGGAAGCUCCCGUGGCCGGAGACGAGACCAAACAA